GCGUAUCGAAAUGCCCAUGGCUCUACGACAUCCAUCCCACCGACGCAUCUUAUCACUUGACGGGGGUGGUCUUCGUGGUCUCUCCAGUCUUCUCGUGGUGGAGAGAAUAAUGGAAGAAACCGGGAAAAUAGCCGGGCGAAACACACCAGUGCGACCUUGCGAAGUAUUUGACAUGAUUUGUGGCUCCUCCACAGGUGGCCUCAUAGCUUUACUGCUCGGUCGCUUAGGGCUCGAAUGCUCUGUUGCCAUCGAAGCAUAUAAAAAUAUAGUUGGCCGCCUUAUGGGCGAGGAGCCGCAGCCAUUCUGGGAUCGCUUAUUGAGUGGCUCAGGUGACCAUGGUUCUGACAAGGAACGGCAGUACGAAGAACAGGUCAAAGCACUGGUGGGGACAUAUGGAGGCACUAGUCUCUUCCAAAUGCCCUCUCCUGGUGGACAGCAUUGCAAG